GUGUGAAUGGUGGUUGUAGUAGCAGCGUUACUGUGGGCUCGCUGCAAUGAGGUGGAUAAUCCUCAUUUCUUAUUGCCUGCUCGUUGUACUAGCUACUCCGACGUACGGCAAGGUUGAAACUAACAACAAAUCCGAGCCUUUAAAGCUUAAGGAUUUUGAUGAGGAGUACGACAAUGCGUUGAGGAGUUCAAAUUACAACGCUCUAACGAAACAAGUGAUUUCUCUGGCCGCAAAAUAUGAAGGCAAAGGAAACGUAAAAGUAUCUUACUAUCCACAUGCCCGUGCCGAAGACUCAUCUGGCAAUACCGCACCCGAACCUCCAGGAACUUACGACUUAGGCUUUCUUAACUUCAAAUACGUUGAAUCAAAAAAGAAUAAAAACAAGGAAGAUCAUCAUAGUGAAGAGGAGGAACAUCAUAGCGAAGAGCGCAAGCCCCGCAAGCCCCGCAAGCCCUUAGUGCAGCGGCGCCACUCCGUAGUCUUCUCACCGACCCCGACUGGGGGCGCGAGGUCGCGUGAACCAGGCCGACGCCUGUCUCGGUGGUAUCUGGUCGCUGCCUGCGAUUGCAGGCGAGGGGUUGGAGUAGUCGGGCCCAUAGCGGGGCCUGAUGCAGCGUCGUAUCCGGUGGGGGCGCAGCCAGGGCCCGCGCUCAAGCCGGAGUAA